UAAACCUCCGUAAAGCAGGCACAGCAAACUACUUCCAACUCGCCAUUUCCAGCGGCAGCGAGAGGAGAAACUAGACUCCAGAAUCAACUCACCCACAGAGCCGCACCUCGCGACAAGCAACGGCGCCUUCGCUCGUCCAGACCAAGACCUCGACACCUCCUCUACCGGCCCCUCCUUCGCCUUCCUGCCAGCCAAUCAGCGCGCGGGUACUCAAAGGUUGUCCAAUAAAAGUAAAACGCCUCCCAGAUGCCGCCAAUCAAAAGGACACUUGGGUUCCCGCCUCAGCAGAAAAUAGACCAAUCAGAGAAGGCCUAGAGUUUUUCUUUUUCUGUUUGCCAAUCGCGACGCGGGCUGCUCCUCAGUCUCUUCCGGUUGGCCGGCUCUUGGGAGCCCCGCCUCCUCCCGCACCCCGGAGCGGUCUUGUAUCUCGUGAUUUCCAGAGGGUCCCGGCGCGUUUUAUCACGUGAUGGACGGGUUUAUGCUGGGGAGGGCCGGGAUCGCCGUGUCUCAACGGAAGGAGAGGCGGCUUUACUUCCGGUCCUGGGGCAUCGCGGCUCCUUGGGCCUGCGCUUACGCAGCUUUCUCGUGCCGCGCCUUGGAGGUGUGUUCCGGUUGCCCUGCCCGCUCCACCGGGCUGGUUUCGUGUGACCUCUGACUCAAAGCCGCUCCUGAAGACCACCAAAUGACUUCUCCGUGCUCUUUUCCCGGAAGACCCCCACUCACUCCAAGAACCCACGAUCCCCAAGCCUCCAUCACCUCACCACCACCUCCUCUUCCCCCAGAUCCCUUGGACAGAGCUGUACCAUCCCCUUUCUGUGGUCUCCCAAGCCCCACUCCCCCACCACCCCCACUUCCACCUCCGCCCAUGAAAGUCGCUCCCCCACUCAUCUAUGGCCUGGAGAAGAGCCGGCUCCUGAAGGAGGCCUUGGAGAAGGCAGGCCCAGCCCCCAAGGGCAGAGAAGACGUGAAGAGACUCCUCAAACAGUGCAAAGACCGGUUCCGAGGUGACCUGCAGUGGAUCCUGUUCUGUGCCGACCUGCCAUCACUCAUCCAGGAAGGCCCUCAAUGCGGGUUGGUGGCUCUGUGGAUGGCAGCCGCUGUCCUGAAGACCCCAGGAGGCAUUCCCCUGGAGACCCUGGUGCGGGUGGCCAUGGAGAGAGGCUACACAAUGCAGGGAGAGAUGUUCUCUGUGGCUGACAUGGGCAAGCUGGCCCAGGAGACCUUGGGCUGCCAGGCUGAGCUGCUCUGUGGUGGCCUGGGUGGUCCCAACAGAGACUGUGUCCUGAAACACCUCAUCGCGGGACAGCCCCUGCUCGUCCCCUACGACGAGGACCACAACCACGCGCCUUGUCAGAAGAAAGGCCACAAGGCCCACUGGGCAGUGAGCGCAGGGGUCCUGCUGGGUGUGCGGAGUGUGCCAAGCUCGGGCUACGUCGAAGACUCCCAGCUGCCAGGCCUGUUCCACCCAGUGCCUGGCAGGCCCUGCCAGCCGCCACCCUUGCCAGAGGAAGACUCCCCGGGCACAGUGUUCCUUCUCUCCAAACAGGGCAAGAGUUGGCACUAUCAGCUGUGGGACUAUGAGCAAGUCCGGGACAGCAACCUGCAGCUGACAGACUUCUCACCGGCCCGGGCUGCCGAUGGCCGGGUGUACGUGGUGCCAGCCGGAGGGGUGCAGGCCGGCCUCUGUGGCCAGGCCCUGCUCCUGAGCCCACGGGAGUCGAGCCACUAGCCAGGGCCAGGGCAUCUCCCCAGAGUUCUGCUGCCACUAUUUGAAGAGUGGCCCUGCUUCUGCUAGCCUUCGUCUCUGAGGGUCUCCUCAGAGAGCCUCCGCAGACUCCCCCCACCCACCGCAGCGCGGCGCUCCCCAUCACCUCGGGCCCACCGCACCCCUUCCAGGAUCAAACACCAGCUGGUUCUCGGUUUAGGAAGAUUCCAACAGCUGCUCAGAACCGAAGUCCUGUCGCCCCACCUGACAGACAUUCACCCACUUUUCUCUGUGGACAGAGCCUGUGGCUGGACUCCUGCUCCCUCCCCACAACGCCCCGGGGAGUAAAAGCUCCUACCCGGCCGCUGGUCCCUUCUCUUCCUGCCUGUCAGCCACAUUGCCCUGUCAGCCACAUUGCCCGUGCACAUACCAGGACUGCCGUGCCAACCCCAGUGAUGUGCCAAACAUCACUCCUUGGGGCUGGGGGUAAGAAUACUUGCUGCACUGCCGUGAGGACCUGAUUUGCCCUCAGUUCAAUUCCCCAGCACCCACGUAAAUAGCUAGGUGUGUUCACACAUACCUAUAACCCCCAUCUUUUUUUUUUUUUUUUUUUUUUUUUGAGAUAGGGUCUCACUUACUCUAGCCCAGGCUGACCUGGAAUUCACUAUGGAGUCUCAAGGUGGCCUUAAAUUCAUGAUGAUCCCCCUGCCUCUGCCUCCUGGGUGCUAGAAUGAAAGGUAUGUACCACCACACCCAGCCUGUAACCCCCAUCUUGUGAGGAGUGGAAACUAGAGAAUCACUGGGGCUUGCUGGUCAGCCAGCCUGACCAGUGCCAGGUUCAGGGAAAUGAGUGGGUGAACGGGGGGGGGGUACUGUUCUCCAUCCUCACACAAGACAUAAAACCCACACUAGCUAAUUUAAACUCCUUCACUAGCCAGGCCUUUAAUCCCAGCACUGAGGAGGCACAGGUAGGAGGAUCUCCAUGAGUUCUAGGCCACCCUAAGACUACACAGUGAAUUCUAGGUCAGCCUGGGCUAGAGCUACCUCAGAAAAACACA